GCUGCGUCGAUGUCUUCGCAUAGAACCUCCCGUCGUCUCGCAGAUUGUGUGACGUAAGCUGAUAUCCUGUACACAUCUUGUUCAGUCAUAUGUGUCCAGCUGUGUUGUGAAAGCGCCAUGUCGGUUUGCGGAGAAAGGGAGCAACUUGGCUCCAACGCUGUAGAAAAUGGAACAAUCUAUAGACAUCCAUAUUGCGCACGCUUUAUCUCUUCCAAGCAAAGGUUUUGUGGAUUGAUGGCAAAAGCUGGGCAUUCGUUCUGCGUUCACCACCUACCCACAGAACAGUCGGAGUAUAUUUUUGCUUUCUGUCCAAAGUGCAAAACAAAAAUUGCUAGUGAUAGGGUAGACGCUCAUUUAAGAAAGUGCCCCGUUCGCUUGAAAGAACAGCAGAUUACAAAUGAGAUUUACUUUUGGAAAGAUAUCAACAGUGCCAAAGAGACGGUGGUAGACAAAACAGUAAGCUUGCGCGAACUCUCAGGCACGCAACUCGCUCUUCUGCUCGAUAAAAUUAGUCAAGCCGAACCAAAAUGCUCGUCUUACUUGAGUAGACGUUCGAGCAGCUCACACGAUGACGGCAAGACCAUGCAUAGUGUACACGUCCCACAGCGGACAAGUGAAUCGGAAGCGCUACAGCGUGUCGCCAUAGCAGAGGCCGUGCAAAAAGUUCGAGACGUCUUUGAUCUUAGUACUAAUAGUGCACUUGUUGAGCUUUGCUCCGGACGUGCGUAUCUUUCAGCAGAGAUCAUGAAAACAUGGCCGUUCUCAAAGCUAUUACUUGUCGACCGUCGUUCACAUCGCUUCAAGGCGGAUAGAUUCCUUCGUCAUCAAAGUGAGCUGAGGCGUUUGCUCAUUGACAUCAAGGAUCUGGAUUUGUAUAAAGUCUCUCUAUUGAAUAAAUCGGAAGUGACCAUCGUGGGUAAACACUUGUGCGGUGAAGCUACUGAUUUCGCUUUAAAGUGUGCAUUAUCUUAUCUGAAAGAUAGUACAGUCACGUUCAGAGGAUUGGCAAUUGCUCCAUGUUGUCACCACGCUUGUAAAUGGUCUUCUUUCGUCAAUACACCGUUUCUUGAAACACUCGGCUUCAGCGAGACGGAUUUUGGCUAUCUCAUACGUAUGACGAGCUGGGCAACCACACUGUCUACUGGUUGCACGUCCCACGGAUUCAGUUCUGAUUUUGCGAUUCACACUGAGGAUAUGGAUGCGUGCCGAACCCUUAGUAGCAAUGAUAAACUACGCGUAGGGCGAUACGUAAAGCUGAUUCUCAACACAGCUCGUGUUCUAUGGUGCAAAGAGCGCGGUUUCGACGUAAGCUUGGAGGAGUAUACUAAUGUUUGGGUAACGCCUGAGAAUCAGCUAAUACUUGUAAGAUAG